AACUCGUCCUAAGUCCUAAAAUUAAUCUAAAGUUAAGAAGAGUUUUGUGAAAUCGAUGGCUGUGCUUUAAAAGAGGGAACACUUCUGAUCAAAAAUUACAAUAUCUUAUAUAUUAUUACUUUUAUUUCCCCACGCACCUUGAUUUAGAUUGAUGAAUGCUCUUGACUUCGGAAAGAAGAUAAAAACAAUCAGCUUACAAAAUUGGGACAAAUAACUCUAUCAGCUGAAGGUCACUUUCAUAGCUGGACGACAACAAAGGAGUUUGAACACGCACCCUUUGCCUCGCCGUCAGUAAUCAAUAGUGGACUGUGGUAUACUCUAGAGAAAGGCUCAGUUUUAAACGGUUUUCUUUACAGGGGUAUUCGUGUUGAAAAUUUAAAUUCGAGUUUUAUAAUAAUACCUUCGUCGAAGGUCGCUGGUUGAAGAGGAUUUAACUACCGAUAGAAGAGGACAAGGAUGGCGAUAGGUUUGAACACGUGGCUGCAGUCAACCAAUCGUUUUCUCGCUUUGAUCUGGAGCAAAAGUCGCGUGUCUAAAAUAUUUAGCUAAAGUUUUCAGAUUCAGCGCAGAAAGCAAUGAGUUGCGAACGCUUGCUUUGGUCUUGAUAAAAUCGUUGACAUUAUUAGAAAUAACAGCAUAACGUUGAGAUGGCGAAACACUUGUUACAGUGCCUUUUUCUGUUGAUUUCAUGUUAUUAUUCGUGUGGGCAUUACUGCGGUAACUGCCCACAAAUAUUUAUGGCUGCGGAUAACCGGGCACUUGCGGCGUCUUCAUACCGUAAGCAAAGCGUCAGUUCUCGUAUCCACUGUGUCCGUAACUGCCAUGCUGAUUAUCCUAACUGUAAAUCGGUAAAUUAUGAUGAAAUUCAUCACCUUUGUGAGCUGAAUAAUGCCACCAUUGCCCAGUUUCCUGAUAACUUGAUUACACACUUUGGUAGUGUGUACUACGAUGGCAAUAUGGACACACCUCUCCUGUCCCAUGCACACCCUGAUACAACCGUCUCCUCUAUGCCUCGUUACAGCAGUUGCCAGGAGCUUCUUGAGGCGGGUCAGAACGUCAGUGGUGUCUUUACAAUAUUUCCUGCCCGGUUUGCUGAUGGUUUGCAAGUGUACUGCGACAUGGAGACUGAUGGCGGAGGCUGGAUCGUCUUUCAGAGGCGUCAAGACGGCAGUGUUGACUUUUAUCGCGACUGGGCCGACUAUCGUGUCGGGUUUGGUAAUCUGAGUGGUGAAUUCUGGCUUGGCAAUGAUAUCCUACGCAACCUGACUGAAUAUGACGAAGUAACAUGGCAGAUUCGCCUUGAUAUGACCGACUGGAACUUUGAAGACAUUUGGUUCGAGUAUGGUGAGUUCCGUGUUACAGGGGAUCAGUAUCAGCUCAAUGUUGGAUCGUACAACACAGAAAGUACAGCAGGCAACGCAUUAGAUAAUAUGUACGAAGAAGGCCGCUAUUCGCACAAUGGCAUGCUAUUUACUACCAAAGACAACGACAAUGACCGCCGUACACGACGUGAUGAUUAUGACAACGAGCUGAAUUGUGGGAUAUCCCGGCGUGGAGACCAUAGUGACAUGUGCACCGGCAGUCUGACUCCCGUCAUUGAUGUAUAUUAA